GUGCGAUACGAACGAUUGUAAGUUUGUAACUGCCGUUUAUAUCAGUUUGAAUUUCAAAUAAGAAUAUUGGUUAUUGUAAAAUAUAUCUCCAGAUGAAGAUGAAUAUUUUAAUUUGGUUUUUAAUAAUUUUAUCAUCGCUCACGCCUGGGAAUGCACUUUUUGAUAACCUAUUCACUGGAAUACGAAGUUAUUUCCAUAAUGAAGGACCUAUGGAAGACUACCAAGAAGAAAUGUACAAUCAAAAAAUACCUUAUGAAGUAUCUACCACGGACGAGAAAUUUUUGAGUGAAGCAGCUAAACUAACUGGUGUUGCUUUGACAGAUUUGGAUUCCUGUCAGCAAAGGGUGGUGUUGAAGUUAAAAUCUGACUGUGAUAAAAUGGACGACGAACAACUGGCCAAGAUGGCAGUGCACUUAUUGAACUGCCAGUCAUUCGUGGAAGGUCGCCAGAUUUAUCCCUGUUCUGAUGACAUGAGUAUUCGGGAAUGUACGACAAACAUGGACUCUGACACAUGGACAAGUUAUCACUUGAUGAGCAACAGAGCCAGAGCUGUCUGUUACACAAUACGACAGAGUCAAUUUCGAGGUUUAGCUGAGCAUACUGUUAAUCGAUUAAUGGAGGCAGCACGCGGUCAACUAAAAAAUCUCAAUCGUAUCUCAGAUACCCAACUGAGUUUGCAAGGUCUUGCGGAAAAAACUUAUGAUAAGCUCAGUGAAGGUCACGAAAGUUUGUCAAAGCAGCAGCAAGACAUUCAGAAAGCUCAGUUCUAUGGACAGUUGGCUAUUGAGGAUAAUAUUAAAAGAUUGACUGAUGAAAAACGAUUGAUAUUGGAAACACACAAUCAGUUGGUCGAAAUGACUAAAAACAUACAAGGUCAACUAGAAAAUUCAUUGAUACAGCUCAAUGAUCAAUCUGGUGAAACCAAGUUGAACCAUCAACAGUUGAUUGAAGAUCUUAUGACAAUUCAGGACAAAACAACAGAAAUAUUUGAAAAAAUUGACAAAACAUCUUCGUUGCUUUUUGCUCAAAAUGAGGAGUUCGGCAGGCAGUAUCAGUCUACCUUGAGAAGUUUACAAGAGAUGAACGAGACAGUACACAACCUGGCAGCUCUGGUAGGAGGAACAUGGCGGACAUUGGAAGAUCGAUUAGUUUGGAUAACUUCUGCUCUAGGAGGAACAGAUCAUUCUAUAGAACGCAUUUAUCUUGUGCUUUGGCAUUCAACAUUUAUACUUUUGGCAAUGCUCAGUUGUGCCUUCAUGGGGGUUAGGACCAGCACUAGAUUAGUUGUUGCCACCUUACCGCCUCUGAAUUUGGCUGUGGCAUUCUAUGGAGAACAAAAACAUUUGGACUUUGUGGGACUUCUGAGCACAAUUUUGAUAUUUGUUGUUGUACAAUUUAUCAUCCUCGGGGCAUUUGAUUUGAAGAACAAAAGAAAGAAGGAAGCGAUAUCUUGGGAAGAGUCCACAUCACCUAUAAAAACCAAGGAGAGUAUCGCAACCAGCGAUAAUGUUGGAAGUUCAACGAAUGAUAAAGUGACUUCCACAUUAUAUAACUCUGAAAGCACGGUUAACGGUUACAGCGCUGUUCCUUUGAGAUUAUACGAAGAUGAUUAUGGUCACGAGAACUCAGAUACAUUCCGAGAUUUCGAUUUCACUCCACCAAUAUCUAGAAAUGGGCACUACCCUACUUCGUCCAGAUCUAGGAGUCGAAGUCGAACUCCCCUUUUAUUGAAUACUAGCAUCAGAUCUCCAUGUCGUGCUAAAACAAGACAAGGUACCCCCUGUAAGUUGAUAUCCCAGCCUGGUCGUGAUUUCUGUUUCAGACAUCAAACUGGUGAGUCUGUGAUAGGAUGACGAUAUGAAGACUCGGGUGGUUUGACAGGUGUUUAAUAACUUGAGGAUGAAUGUACAUAGGCGAUUGGAAUAAUAUCUGAAGGUCAUUCCGCUUAGACUAGAGUUUGUCAAAAUGUUUUUUAAUGAACAUGGUAGACUGUAUUUAUUCAAUUCAAGCUGUUUAUUUGUGAAAAUUCUUUUUUUUUCAAUUAUACUUAUU